GCGACAUAUCGAGCUGACACGAUGGAGCUGAAGGUGUGGGUGGAGGGAAUUCAGCGCAUUGUGUGUGGCGUUACCGAAACCACCACCUGUCAAGAUGUGGUGUAUGCACUUGCUCAUGCCACAGCUCAGACAGGUAGAUUUACUUUGGUGGAACGUUGGCGAACCAAUGAACGUUUACUGGCCCCUUAUGAAAAUCCUCUUAAGAUCUUAAUGAAAUGGGGCGAAUACUCUUCAGAAGUUCAAUUGAUUCUGAGACGUUCCACUCCAGAAAAUAACAAAACAAAUGCAUUACCAUCGCGAUUGACGUAUGCAUCACGUGCAAAUGGAUUACCAAUUUCACUAUCUGAGCACGGAACAUCAAGUACUGCUACUAUGCAAGAUGACAGUAAAAAUAUAUCAACUACUCAAAGUUUAGAUUUUGCAGAUGAUAUGCAAGGAGGAUUGGAGAGAAAUAGAGACACCAGAAAGUCACUUACGUUUAGUGCAUUUCAUGGAGGUAUUACAGAAGGUAGCACAGAAAUUCAAAUGGAGAAUAACGUGGCUGUAGUUCAGCCCACGCCACAUUUGAAGAAUAAGGAUUCAAACGUUCGAAAAAUGUACAAAAACCAGCGCAGUCACCUACGCGAGGAACCAAUACAGAAAGUGAGCUAUUUUACUAAAACUUAUUAUGUAUAUUAAAGAUGAAAAAUUCUA